AUGAUCAAUGGCACCUGCUGUCGUAGUCGUGUGUUGAUUUGCUGGUUUGGAGACUUUCAAAUCCAUCAGCUAAGGAAGGUGUUGCGGGAAUUUGCAUACUUCACUCGCAUUUCGGACGAGGAUUUAGAAAAGGAGCGGAAAGUUGUCCUGGAGGAAUGGCGUGAAAGCAGGAACGCCCAGGGUCGCCUCAGUGAGCGGUACAUCCAGGCGCUGUGUGGUGCUGGUUGCAGAUAUUGUGAACGACUUCCAAUCGGGAAGGAGCACAUCAUCCGGGAGGUGUCAUCCCAAACGCUUCGACGCUUCUAUCAAAAGUUCUACCAUCCAGCAUGUAUGGCUCUGGUUGCCGUCGGUGACUUCGAUGCACCUUCUGUGGAGAUGCGAAUCAAGGAGCUCUUCGACAUUCUUCCAGAGGACAUUUCUCCACUGCCCCGAUGCCCGGUGGCUGCAGCACCUGAGCGUCCGAGGUACACCGUGCCAAACUCUGAGGGCGUUCGUGUGGCCAGCAGCACAGACCCGGAGCUCAGUUUCGCCCAGAGCAUGAUCGAUUGCAAGCGGCCACGUACACCCGUCCGCUUUGUCCGUGAUGUUCGCCGGCGGAUGACGGAAGACCUUUUCCACCGCGCCUUCAGCGCAAGGUUGCUGAGGCUGACCUUGCAAGGCCCUUUGGAAGGAGGUCCGCGGGACUUCUUCUCUGCGGGCACGGACACCUCGGACCCCUUGCCCGCCCUGAGCCCACUGAGCGCAAGCCUGGCACCACUGCCGGGUCGCGUUCGCCCAGCCAUCGCCAGCUUGCUAAGGGAGCUCGAGCGCAUUCGCCGAUUUGGCUUUCAUGCCGCGGAGGUGCUGCGGGCGAAACGAUCCAUGCUUGCAGAGUUCGAGGAGGAGUACAUUGAGCGGGAGCAGCGGCCAUCCGAUGGCUUUGCAGAAGAGCUGACUAGUUUCUUUUUGGACGAGGACCAUGCUCCUGGCGUAGAGGAUCGUGCGCGCUUGGCGUCGGUCUUGCUGCCCCGAAUAUCCUGCGAGGAGGUGUCAAAUGUUUCGAAGUUGUAUAUCUUCGAGGACAACGUCGUGGUGAAAAUUGCCACCCCGUUGAUGUCUCUUCGAAGUCCGGCAUAUACUGCGUGGAGUACUUUGCAGGCCUGCCGUCAAUUUCGCAUUCCGCGACCUUCCCUGGACUUGCCCAGCGAGGAGGAGGUGACUCAGCUCAUGCAGGCUGUGGCCAAGGAGCAGCUCAAGGCGUGGCCAGCAGAUGAGGAUGAUGUCGAUUCACGCUUGAAGCUCCUCUUCGACGCUACUGCUUCGGACCGUUUGGCGAGCAUGUCGCAGACCAGGCGCCGCCAGGUCCAGGCUCGCGGGGUGCCCACUGCCAGCCGCCGGAGCAGCACCACGCUGGCCACGGCCACGGCCACGCCUGGAUCACCCGACGCAGACUUCGGAGAGGAGGUGAUCCUUCAGAAUGGCUUCAGAGUGUUCCUGAAGGAGACGGAUUUGUUCGAGGAUGAGAUCUUGGUGAAAGGUCGGCGUUGGGGAGGACUCUCCGAGUUUCAAGAAAGUGGCAUGUUCAGUGGAGGCGUCAGCUGCGAGGCGCAGGUGAACUCCAUGUGCGCCAUGAUGCUGGGCAUCUGCGGCUUGCCCGCCGAAUCCAUGCAGGAGUGCCUGGAGGGUCGGCGAGUGGAUCCGAGCCCGCCCCAUAUGGAGGCUUACACCACCUCCUUGGAUGCUUCCUCUUCGCCGGCUGACUUUGAGGUGCUUCUGACCUUGCUGGCGCUGCUCUUCCUGAAGCCGGUGUCGCCAGGUCAGGGAACCGCAGGGAGACUCUCCUUGGUGAAGCUGGGCCUCCUGGCUUGGCGCCUGGCGGAAGACCGAGAUCCGCAGUAUACUUGGCUGCCGAGCUUGUGGCGGAUCCUGCGCUUGAACUUCCGGAUCGCCUCCCAGAUCUUCAACGAGCGCGCGUCGAUGCCCCGCGAGUGGACCUUGGUGCUUGUGGGCCGAUUGCCGCCUCGAAGCGAGCUGCUGCCGCUCUUGGAGACUUACUUGGGCAGCAUCCCGAAUGGGGAGAGCGGUGCGAGCAGCCAGCGCCCCGAAGAUUUGCAGAUGCGGCAAGCGGUGACUCCUUUAGAAAUCGAAUUUCCAGCCAAAUCAGUGCGAGAAGAUGUGCACCUGCACAUGGUUGAGCCAAAGGGCAGUACGGUUCUGUGCUUCCCGCUGCAGAUGGUGUCGGUGUCGGAGGCCGAGUCGGUGGAGGCUUGCUCCGAAGAGCUCCGAGAGCUCAUGCGGCUCCAGCUCUUGGUGCGGCUCCUGGAGACCCGCCUGGUGGAAGUCCUCCGCUUCCAGCGUGGCCAGGUCUACAGCGUGUCCGUGGGCACUGACCUUUCCUUGGCCCCACCGCAAAUGGGCAAACCGCGCCGCGGAACAUUGAGCAUCAGCUUCGAGUGCGACCCGGCAGAGUCGGACGAGUUGGUCGCAGCGACACAAGCGGAGUUGGAUUGCCUGAAAGACGGCUCCACAGAGUUCACGGAAGCAAAUGUUGCAGCGGCGCUGGAACAGGAUUCUCGCGAGUUUGAGGAGCUGAUCCACACCAAUGGUUGGUGGGCUGGCACAGUGCUGGACCUCUAUUUCUCCCGUUGCUACGUGGCUUUCGGGGAGAUUGGCCAGACUUUGUCCCUUUGGUGGACCUGUCGGCAG